AAACCAUUCUGUCAUCCCUGUUCUGUAGCUGGCUGCGUGUGAGGAGCCCACCCCGCCUCAGCUGUAGUGAGGAGAGCCCAUCAAGGCAGCCAGCAACCAGCGCGUCUCCUCCUACCAAUCGGCAUGCUCGGCUCAGGCUCCGUGCGCUGCUCUCAGUUCUCAGUCUCAGCAGCUGAAGCUGGGCGCAAGGGAACAAGCAUCUUCCCAGUAAUGGCCUCCGCUGAGCAACCGUGCUCCAGCUUCCACCAGCAGCACUGCGCAUAAGGCAGCACUCCCACCUUUGCCCUCCCACCCAGAAGUGAGAGAGACACCACCAUGUACAGUGUGGAGGACCUCCUCAUUUCACACGGAUACAAACUGCCCAGGAGCGGCCCUCCGUCUGCCACACCUUAUGAUAAGCGUCCUGCUGUCUGCCAGCGUGAACUUGUGGACAACAGGCCUGGCCGUGGAACGCUGAACGGGUACGAGGCGGAGAGGGGCCCAUCAUCUAUCACGGGCAUCUACGGCACCAGGCAGGCUCUGGUGAAGGGCUAUCCCAUCAUAGACAACGAGGGUGGGGAAAGGAUCCAAAGGAGGAAAGAACUCUGUAUUGGUAUCCUAGGUGACGCUCAGCCCUUGGGUGAUUCUCUCGCGUCAGAUAGCGGGUUCUAUGAUGUUCCUAGUUUGACUUAUUCAGAACCACUGAGCCAUGAUGAGCGGGACCUUUCAUACUGGCGGAGGCGAGGCCAGGACUUCAGCAUACUACUGGACUACGCUGAUGGCAGGGAGCUAAGGGCCUCUGCUGGAGCAUGGAGGCCACAAGCCCUGAUGACAUCAGAGGAAUACAGGGCAGAGAGGCAAGCGCAGCAACUAUGGGAGGAUAUUUCCUGGUUAAGAGACCCAGAAGCAGGCCCCGGUCAGCUAAGGGUGACUGGGGAGAGGAAGUGUCAAAGCCUAGGCACAGAGGAUUGGAGGCCUGCUGUGGGCAUGGGAAGGCAGCUGUCGGACGGGGAUGGGGAAAGGUGGGCUAAAGACCAGUACCACCUGAGGACACCUGAUGGGUUUUUUCAUCCCAGAACUAAAGCAAAGUCUCAGUCUCUCCCCAGAGUUUUGUCCCCUGAUGGAACUGACUGCAGAGAUCUCAUACCAUCAAGACCAAGCCUCCCUGAUAGGCAACGGUUAAGCAGCACUGUUUUUUCUGGGCCCUACAGUAGAUAUGUCUAUGGUGGCGGUAGGAAUUGUUGGGGUAGGAAUGUUGGCCCUGGCAGCCAUGUUGCACUGUUACCAAAGCCCAGGUUCAGCAGGCCUUUAAAGCCUCCUUCGUAUGAGAUACACCAGCAGACAAGGGGUAGCGCAGAAAUGCUUGCCAUAGAGCAGGGUGCCAAACAAAAAGACAGAUCUCUCUAUUAUCCAAGGGUUGGGGAGCUGAGACAAGACUAUUUCGCACAACACUCUGCCAUCACUGGAAUGGAGCCUCCUGGCUACAUUCCACCACCUUCUUAUAAAAGAGCCCUGCCCCCAAGAGCAGUUUCAAUCAACCGCAAUGAAUUGGCAAACUUAAGAUGGAGAGCAGAAGCUUUGCAGAUGCCCAUCUCAGAUCCUGGAAGGUGGCUUUCCAGACAGGGAAGUGGCUCAUGGCUGGAACAUUAUGGAGAGCGUAGUUUGUCCUAUAGAAAACAGGUGCAUUCUCUUGAAGAACAACCUAGUCUGGCUCGUCAGUUACCCAUGGAGGACCCAAGAGUGAAGCAAAUCUCAGGAGGACCAAGCGGAAAUUCUCUCACUGACUCAGACAAGCUUCGAAACAUCAACAAAGAGAUUCCAGCUGCUAAGACUCUAGGACAAUCUCCACAUGAUAGUGCCUUUCCUCCCCAACAGGGGCCAGCUCCUAAUACUGAAUCCAACAAAACAGCUCUCAGUGAAGACAGUAGUAAUCGACGGUGCAACAGGGGUAUAAAAAAAAGUGAAAGUGUAGGUCCUGAACAAAGCCGUAGUCACAUUUUCCCCUCAUCUUUUCUCGGUAAACCACCACCACCCCCAUGUAAAAUGGCUGAUCAGGGUGUCUCUGAAACUAUGACAGAGGUAAAGAAAGUGGAACAACAUGAACCACUGGAGAAAGAAAAAUCCAAAAAUCUAAAAAAGAGACUUAGUGAAACUAUUUUUUGUUUAGUAUCUGUCCCCGUUACCCCACAGCCCUGUGGGACAAUACGUGAUCAGAAUAACAACAAUGAGAAGUCACCAGACCCAGCGGGUAGUCCUAGCGACAACAAAACUGGUCAUUUAACCAACCAAAGUCUCCAAAGCACAUCUUCAGCUGAAGCUGAGCUGCAAGCUUUAACUGGUAGCAUGGCAAGCAGCAAAACGAGCAGUAGAGCCAGCAGUAAAAUGUUCAAAAGAUUACCCUGUCGACCCCCAAAAAUUAACCAUUACAAGGAACUGAAGCUGUCAGGAACUUGGCCUUCAAACCAGUAUCGAGAUCAGGAGACUCAAACUAGCCCAGAAGCUCAGAAACCCAGCCCUGAAAAUCAAGAAGCACAACAAGACCCUAACUCUCCUGGCACGGACGUUGCUACAGACAGCAGUGGUGCAGUGGGCACUGCCUUCAGUUUUCCAAUAAAGGGAGUCAAGAGCCUGAAACUGUCAAGCAACAGCGCCUUCUCUCUGACCUCCACCUUCUCCAGCCAGCUAAACAAGAGCACAGCUCAGCAGACAGCAGUGACCCCCUCAGGAAAUGUGGAGGAGGCCAAACCAGAAAACACUGGGCAAGAGCCAUUUGAAAAGUUCUUGAUAAAACCCACCGUACAGCGACCAUGGGAUGCUGUCAAAGAACUGGAGACCAUCAAAAAAGAAAUUCAGGAUCAACAGCAACAGCAGCAGCAGCAGCAGCAAAACAGCAAACAGCCAAGUGUGGACAAGUGCAUAGAGGACCUCAACGAGGCCUACAAAGACAUCUUAGAGCUAGGCACUGCCAGCAAUAAAGUCCCAAAUGGUUCCGUUCAAAUUCCAGAGCGAAUCAAAAUUCGACUGACAUCAGAACCUCUCAAUAAGCCCAGCAGCCUUAGGCGCAGUGCAGUAAGCUGGUCCGUUGACCCAGAAUACAGAGAAGUUAAGAGUGCCUUCUCUAGGCCUGCAACAAAGUCAGUAACAUUCAGCAAGCAGCUUAGAGAAGAACUCCCAGUCCCACCUCGAGAGACCGGAUUCAGAGAAUACAGGGUUGUUGCACAUCUUUCACGUAGAAGGAGCAACGACGGCAGGACGGUGAAACUGGACCUGCCAGAUGAGCCUAUUGAGACACCGCUUUGUGACUUUAGUCCAUCAAUGCACAACACAUCAGCCGAGGUACCGUGGGCAGAUAGACAACCCAUGCAAGAUGCCUCCACUCUUACAAGUCCACCAGAUUACGAGGACAUAUGCCAAACAUUGCGUCAACCUAAAGACCCAACGGAGGUCAAUAGACCAUCCAUGGGCCAAUCCAGACCUAGUGAUACAGAGCCUCUUCAAGAUCUCAGUGGUGAUUCAGAGGAGGAUUGUCCCAUUUGUAAAAGAGAGCUAGAGAAUCAGAUGAGACAGGGUCCCUUACCUCCACUACACGAGGAGAAUAGCUCAGACAGCUCAGCCAAUCAAAAUGGCAGUCCACCGCAACGUGCUACGUUCGAAAGUCCAGCAGAAAACUCAAAAACUGAGGAGCCAAAAGACUCAAAUUUAAACGAGCCAGGGUCAGACCUGUGUGCUGAAAUGGCAGAACAGGAUGCUGUGCCACAAGAAGGGGAUAGUGAAAAAGCUGAAGGUAUUCAGGUAGAAAACUCAGACGGUUCACGCACAGUUAAUUGUGAUGUUAGCAAACCAGAACCUGGAGCUGGUGAACUUUCGUCUGCUACCGAUCAACCUGAAGACUCCAAAGUUACAGAGGAACAGUGCAUUAACGAAACUUUAACAAAAGGACUAGAUUUAGAAAAGGGGAAAUCCCUUUCAGGAGAAACAUCUGAUAGCAGUCCAGGUAAAAAGAAAUCUGUAGCGAAAUGUGUGGGUAAAUACAACACUUUGCCAGGUGGCAGGAAAGACAGGAAGAAGAAGUCAGUUUCUGUCCCAGAACUUCGAUUUGGUCUAAGGACUCAUUUGGGGCGAGACCAAACAGGGUUACCCGAGUUUCCACCAGACCGACUGCCACUUUCAGUCCUCCCAAACUUAGACCGAAGGUUAUCUCUAAGCUUGGAGGGGGAGAGGAGGCCCAAGGGUCCCUCCCAACGAAUUGAAGCGUUGCAGAACAAACUAGCUAUUUCUCCGGGUCACAUGACAGUUGAACGGCUUGCCAGGAUGAGAGAGGUGGAUGUUAUUUGUCGAGUAAGACGUCUUAGCAUCCGGAGUACUGACUCUGGGGAGGGGGAGGCGGAAGGGGAGGGCAAUGAAGAACAAGUGGAGGAGCUCCAAGUAGUACCGCAGGAAGACAAGGAGAACAAUCAAGAGGUCACUCAUUCACAGCAGGGCGCUGAGGAGACAGUGUUGCAAGAUGAGCAGAAAUAAUCCCUCAGAAUCCCACCAACCCAUCUGAGGGCAUGAGGGGUGGGGGGGUGGGGGGGACAGUGUGGAAGACCUACGUCCAUCAUCUCCAUCAGAGGGUUUUUAGCUCCAACACUGUGACCUGGCUGCCUACUAGAAUGCCUUCAUCUCAUCUUGACACUGAAAUGGCCUUCUUGUCCGACAAGAGCAUUGUGUACACCUUCACCUCUGGCGCUGCAUUGACUACUACGAGUGCUGUUCCACUGCCAAAGGGAGGUGCCCUUUUUGACUCGCAAGGGCAACUUUCUAGCCAAAUCCCUCUCCAGCCUUCCCAAACUGACUUCCCAUCUCCCCAUCUGUCCUCCAUCCCCUAUAACAUUUAUAGCUAGUCUUCUCGUAGUGGCUUGUCCUUUCUAUUCUCUCCUCCUUAUGCUUUCCUCAUUAGCAAACAUUAUGCAAUCCUGUCAUCUAUACUAGAGCUUCUGAAAUGUGAACAGCGGAAUCUUAUUUUACAUUCUGCGGAGCAGUCAAGGAAAUGAAUGUAAGUUUAUGUUGAUGCUAACAUAGACAUAGAAGGUUUAUUUAUUGCAUAUCAAAUCUGUUUCUGUUGCAUUUAGACUACACCAAAACGAAGUCCAUAUCUGAUUGUGGCAAGGUGACAGCUGUUUUAGAACUGGACAUCACUGUCUUUGGCUAAAGAACUGUUUUGAUUUUCAGAGGAUCUCAAUGCGCCUUUUUUUCCUUUCUUUUCACGACAUUGUGCCCUCUCUCACUGCUUUUGUACACACUGCAACAAUUAUCCAUAGGUCUCUUCAAUGAAGAGGUACUCGAUACUACAUAGAUCAGUUGACAGAUUAAAAGAGGCAUUGGUUCGACGCAGAAAAGUCAUCUUUUUUUACCCACAUUUGUAAAUUUUGAUCCGAAUAGGUGAAGUUUCUGAUUAGUUCCUGGAUUUUUUUGAUGUAAGAUUUAAAUUUCCAGGUCAUUUCAGGAAGCAAUAAAGGCACAGAUUGAAUUAGUGGUUAGCGAGUUUGAAGAACUUUAAAGAUGGAUUUAGGGAUUUAGAACAAAAUAAGAUAAAAAGAAAAAAGAUACGUAGAGCAAUAUUGUUAUAUUAAAAGCUCAGUGGUGUAGUGGAGCUACCUGUAGGAACCAUUGUCAGAAAUUUAAAUGUGAACAUGACAUUCAGAUCAUUUUACAGGGAAAUUCAAUCGUGUCAGGGUAUCUGGGUGCUUAAUGUAGGGUGGGUGCUUUAUCUCAUAAUAUAUUUAUGCUCAUACAUCUGUGAAACAACAUUAUUAUUAACAAUAUUUAUUUAUUUUUAUCAUCAAAUUGUUAAUCAGUUUGCAUAAUUGUACAAAAUAAAGUAUAUUUUAAAUAUUUUAAGAGAAAUUUUGUAUUUACCCAUGAAAUUUUAUUUCUCCACACUUCUAUCAAGCUGAAAGUAUCACACGUGUAUAGAAUCAUAUUGAGAAUAUACAUACUUUUCUAGUGCUUUAAAACCUAUCAGAGCGAUUUCAGAUGGAUGACCCUGUUUGUGUGCCUUGAUCACACGGUUCGGUCUCCGUUUGUGACGGGGUUCACCACCAAGACCAUUCACAGAAUGGAAACUUUCUGAUUGUGCCAUGGUUUCCUAUUUGAUAGUGCUCUUUUCAUACGCUAACAGUCAGUGUUUGACAGUCUUUGUGAUAUCUGCCUCAUGAAUCCAUCUGAGCUGUAUUUAUUUCUUCUGUCGGUGGUCCAAACAUGACCUGUGUCUUAUCUUUGUCUUUGUAUGUCUUCCAGUUCAUGUAUCGUUACGUUGUCAUUUCUCAAAACAUGUUAAAUAAAAUGUGGAUUUUUUUGUUCUUUA